CUAGCAGAGCGGUUCAUAUACGCAAGUGCCUCAACAUGAGAUCCGAGCUUCUUAUGACAUGUAUAUUGUAUAUGAUAUCAAAUGAAAUUUUCACUGUUAGUGGAUGGUGCUUUAUAUGUAACGAGAAGAGAGCACCUGAUAUAUCGCAGGCAGUGAAUAAAGUUGUUGGCGUUAUUGAAGAUGAGCUGGGCAGCUUGUCACAUCGGUUUAACGAAAUGAGCAACUCCAAUGAAAGAAUUUCGCUUAAGUUAGAUGAGUUUUGUCGCAGUGAACUGAAAGAAGUAAACCAGGAAAAUAUGAGAUACCUUAAGCAGAACAAUUUGCUUUUAGCCAAAAUAAGGAACUUGGAAAUGAACAUCAGUGAACAAAAGCAGCCAAGCCAUGAACAAGCGGAGAAGAUUGAGAAAAUGGAAGCACAGCUGAGCUUUGAGAGGGCGAAAAAUUUUCAUUUGGGAAACGAUUCGAAAAGUGCAAAGCAACGGCUAACUGAAACUGAAAAGCUUCUUCAGAACUAUAUAGCUCUCAUCGAAAGUAAGGAAGUGCAAAUGCGAGAGCUGGAAGGCAAAAGUCAAUCCGAUGCGAAUCAAAUUCAAAAACUUGAAGCUCAGCUUGAGGCCUACGACAGCUACUGCCAGGCAAAGAGCUGCUUGAUGUUCGGCUCUUCGACGGAUGUUCAUGUAAUAAAACCUCGAGGUGUUGAGCCUUUUGAGGCACUGUGUAAUGGAGAAGUCGCUGGACCCGGCUGGAUCGUGAUACAACAGCGGCUCGAUGGUAGCGUCAACUUCAGGCGUAACUGGACCGAAUACCAAAAGGGAUUUGGUAGUCUGAGAGGUGAAUUUUUUAUGGGCCUGGAAAUCCUACAUCGCAUCACAGUUUCGGAGCCAUACGAACUCUACAUACAGCUGGAAGACUUUGAGAACGCGACCAGGUAUGCACGGUACGAUCUAUUCGAAAUAGGCAGCGCAGAGGAGGAUUAUGCUCUCAACAAGCUGGGCGCCUACUCGGGCAAUGCUGGGGAUGCGCUGAGGCUGAACUGGAAAGCGAAGUUCAGCACCUUUGAUCGCAACAAUGACGCCUCGGAAGGCAACUGCGCCCAGGAUCUAGCUGGCGGUUGGUGGUACUAUAGAUGUGGCUUUAGUAACUUGAAUGGCGAAUAUCUCAUAGCAGAUUCUGAUUAUCGUUCUGUAUUUUCGGGAAUAUUCUGGGCUAAAUGGAGGCACCUGGAUUAUUCGCUGAAGUCCGUCCUAAUGAUGAUACGUCCGAAAGCUGUAUGAAAACGCAAUCGUAGCGAAUCACAUAAUUA